AUGAAGCUGCAGCACUUGCUCGCCACCGCGGUCUGUGCUGUAUGUACCUCGGCAAGUGUGCACGAAGCCUCGCAAUUUACUCUGACGUAUGGAUACCCUCUCCAAGCUCUCGUCCCCUUCGCCGUCCCCCUUAUCGAAGAGGUAAAAGGUACCAAUCGCUUCAAAUAUAUGAGAGAGCUAGCCACAUCAGCCUUCCACGACGUUGUGCGCCCCAAUGUGGACACUUUAUACUCGACUGCUGUCAUUGAUCUGUCGCACCAUGAUGUCCUUGUUGACAUUCCCGUCAUCAAGAAUCGGUACUGGGUGUUUCCUUUCUACGAUGCGUAUGCCAACAACUAUGCCAAUAUCGGCAGCGUGACGAACAACACAGCUGGCACGUAUAUCUUGCGGUACAGCGCAGACCACGACCACAAGCCCGGUGUCCAACUUUGCGGCGAGAAAGAGAAAGGUUCUCGGGUGAAGUGCGACAGGCACAUCCAGGGCUACGUCAACGCCCCAACACCAUACGGCACCAUCGUCACCCGGUACGCUGUCAAAGAAGGCACCCCGGAAGAUCUGGCGCAGCUCCACGCUCUGCAGAACCAGACCCAUCUCCGCACUGUCGAGAAGAACAUCAAAUAUUCCACCGCGCCGCCUCUAACGAUCUCCAUGCUCAACUCCUCCCUAUCCUCCGACCCAGCAACCAAGCUCAUGCAACUAACAGCCCGCAUCGCACCGCACAAUCCCCCGCGCGACAUCUCAGACCUAGGCCGGGUCAAUCGCAUGCUGCACGAAGCCGGUAUCCACCCAGACGGAAGCUAUCGGCCACCUCACGGCGUAAACCUAACCGCCGCAUACACGACUUCUCAGCAGGAGAUCUUCGCGGCGGUAACUUUGCCCCAGAACGAACUCACCCUCAGCCACGGCUGGACCAGUCUAUCGCCCACGGCGCAAGGUGACUACGGCACGAACUAUGCGAUGCGCGCAUUCGUAGCUUACAGUGGGUAUCUUGCCCUCGACGCAUCGCAAGCUCUUUAUCCAUCCUACAGUGCAGGUGGAAAGAACAAGACCCUCAAUCUGGCCCCGAAACAGGCCUACAUCUUCACCUUCGCUAGCAAGCCGCCCCUGGACGAGACCGGGUUCUGGAGUCUGACGGCCUACGACGCGGAACAGUAUCUCGUUCCCAAUCCGGAGGACCGGUAUGCGCUGAAUGAUCGUGGAAAUAUCACUUACGCCAAUGGAUCGCGCGUUUAUGGUGACGCUGGUGCUUCGUCCCCUGCAGAUGGCAGUUUCCAGUUGCUCGUCCAGCCGGCGGACGUGAUACCCCCGAAGAAUUGGACGGCAAAUUGGCUACCAGCUCCUCAGGGCGGAGGCGACUUUUACCUGACGCUUCGGUUCUAUGCUCCGGCGGAAAGCCUGCGCAAUGGGUCGUGGAGUUACCCAGUGGUGCAGAAGGGGAAUGCGAUCGUGGCGUGA